UCGGAGCGGGCUGCGGGGGAUCAUGCCGGGGGGGCUGCGCCUCAGCAUCGCUUUCGCCGCCGACGCAUCGCCCUCCAUGGAGCCCGGACUUUUUCUACAAUGACUUUCCCCGAGCCGAGCAAUGCCAGCUUGAGUGGGAACCGGACGGGGCAGGGCAACCAGAGCGGUGCCAACCAGUCCUGGGGGCUGCAAGCCGAGGACCCCUCCGACGGCAAUGGGACCACGCUGACUUUCACCUUGGAUGUGCAGGCGGUGGGAGUCGGGGUGUUCCUGGCCGCCUUCAUCCUCUCGGCCAUCGUGGGGAACAUCCUAGUCAUCCUCUCGGUGGCUUGCAACCGGCACUUGCAGACGGUCACCAACUACUUCAUCGUCAACCUGGCCAUCGCCGACCUGCUGCUCAGCACCACGGUGCUGCCCUUCUCGGCCACCCUGGAGGUGCUGGGCUUCUGGGUGUUUGGGCGCAUCUUCUGCAACAUCUGGGCAGCUGUGGACGUGCUGUGCUGCUCCGCCUCCAUCAUGAGCCUGUGCAUCAUCUCUGUGGACAGGUACAUUGGUGUCAAGUAUUCCCUCAAGUACCCCACCAUCAUGACAGAGAGGAAGGCAGGGGUCAUCCUCGUGGUGGUCUGGCUGUCCUCCAUGGUCAUCUCCAUCGGGCCACUGCUGGGAUGGAAGGAGCCACCACCACCGGACGAAAGCAUCUGUAGCAUCACGGAGGAACCAGGUUAUGCCUUGUUCUCCUCCCUCUUCUCCUUCUACCUGCCCCUCAUGGUCAUCCUGGUGAUGUACUUCAGGAUCUAUGUGGUGGCCAGGAGGACCACCCGGAGCUUGGAGGCGGGGGUCAAGAAGGAGAGGAAUAAAUCCAUGGAGGUGGUGCUGCGCAUCCACUGCCGGAGCGUGCUGGAGGAGCCUCUCUCCAGUGCCCGGAGCAAGGGGCACAACUUCAGGAGCUCCCUCUCUGUGCGACUCCUCAAGUUCUCCCGUGAGAAAAAAGCAGCCAAGACUCUCGCCAUCGUCGUGGGCGUUUUCAUCCUCUGCUGGUUCCCCUUCUUCUUUGUCCUGCCUUUCGGUUCCUUCUUCCCAUCUCUGAAGCCCUCAGACAUGGUCUUCAAGGUCAUCUUCUGGCUGGGAUACUUCAACAGCUGUGUGAACCCGAUCAUCUACCCUUGCUCUAGCAAAGAGUUCAAGCGAGCUUUCAUCAGGCUCCUCAAGUGCCAAUGCCGCCGGAGAAGGAGGCCCAUCUGGCGGGUCUACGACCACCACUGGCGAGGAGCCUCCAUGAACAGCUCCGAACGAGACUCUGAGGCAGACCCAAGACCCAGAAUUAGCACCCUAAACAGUUCGUUCAUAUUUAACUCCUCCUUGCAGGAGAGAGCCAGUAAGAGGAGAACACUCAGCUUCAAGAGCUGGAAAAUGCUCAUGCCAUUCCAGAAACCAGCAUCCACGCAGCUGAAGGAAAAGAUGAACAGCCUUUCUAACAAAAUCCGGGGUGGCUCCAGCAAAGGAGGGGUGACAGCCACCUACAAAACAGAGGUAGAGUCUGUUUCUAUUGGGAUCCCGCAUGACUUCACAGAAAGCAUCGACUAUCAAACCUAUGACUUAACAGACUGCUGUGGGCUGAGAGAAACAGAUAUUUAAAGCCCCUGGGACAGCUGUUGAUGGUUUCUUUAGAGGUAUCUAGCAGAAACACAAAGGGAUGCCAUCUGUGGGUCUGUCAGGCAGACUGGAAGCAGCAAUCAGGUAUAAAACUUGGUCACCCAAAGGUUAUACAAGCAUCCCCCACACAGAGGUCAGCCCCCUUCUCUGGGAUUAUGGGUUCCUCAGAUAAGAACCAAUGACAUAUCCCAUUUUUAUAAGCCGUGGCAGAAGGGGAAGGUGUGGGGUGGAUAUGGCCUUAGGAAAAGAGCUGUUUCCUCCAAUGGGAUGGUUAUCUGUCUUUGGAAGAAACUGUGCAAUUAAGGGAAACCAGGAUGUCUCCUUUGCCUUAAAAACAACAACAUAAAAUACAAUAGAAAGAUCAUACCCCCAAAAGAUGCCAAUCCUGCCUUAGCACAUGUGACCACGUUUCCUUCCAGAGGUGGCAUCCAGAAAGGAAGCUGUCAAGUGGUAGCUAGCAGGUGGCCCUUUAGCCUGUGGUUUGGGAGCCUGCAAGACCACAGGGUUGGACAGGACCUCCAGCCCAGGUCUUGGCUCUCCAGGGCAA